AUGGCGGCUGUUCCUUGGCAGAAGUCCUUCCUCCGUGGCACGGCCGGCCUCACCGCGGUUGGUAUCUUCGUGAUCUUCAUUGGUGUCGCAGUCACCUACUCGCAGCCUGCAGGACCUGAUGCCGAAUCACCUUCGACACUGUCAAUCGCGGCCAUACCGAUGGUUAUGCUCGCAAUAUCGGCUCUGCUGGUGCUGUACCUGGGCGUCUUGGUGGAGCGAGAGACCGUCCUGGAGAAGCUUCCAAAGUUCACGCCCUGCCGGAUGACGACCGUAGUAGUCCUCCUCGUGCUACUCUGUCCGGUGCGACAUCUAGUCUUUGCGCUGUUGCUGAUCAUUUGCGGGAUGGGCCUCGUAGUUUCAAUCCUGGACAGUUUCGAAUUUGGUACUUCCGCUCGCCUCGUCGUGGCCGCGGCGGGCGACGGCAUCCUCUGCCUCGUGCAAGGGGAGGUCCUGAGAGAGGCCGGGGCAGCUGGAGAUGUGCUCGCAGCACAGUUUGGCCUCUUUCUUCUGGCUGGUCUGGGUGGCGGCUUCCUGCCUGGCUUGGCAUUCGUGGCGGCGCGAAGGAAAUUUCCAAAAGUCUGUCGUUAUUCGGCGAUUGGAUAUGCCGCGAUGGCUGUCCAUUCCGCUGUGCUCCUGAUGCAGGCCAUCGGGACCGAGAUGCGCUUUUUUCUUGAUGGCGGCGGCUACAUCUUCGACAGCCCCCAGUGUCUCUACUCCACCAUCGACUCGCCGCUGAGCCUGGUCUUGAACUUCCUGCAGUCUUUUGCAACCGCGGACGAGUACCAGGGUCCAUCUGGUCCAGCAGCUCCCUGCCCGGAGGACGCGGAGUUCGUGAGCAGCGACCCGUCUAUCGUCCCCUUAGUGCAGAUGCGGAGCUGCACGGAAAUGCCUCUGAUCGCACUGUUUUUCUUCCUCCUCCUCGGAGCCUUCGGUGCUGGUCUGGUGCACAUCGGCACGGUGGCUUCCACUCCGAGCACCCGGAGGGUGGUGCCGCAGGGCAUUUCGGACAGCAAGCGCCGACGCGGUCUGGCAGCAGGCGCCUUCAUCUCGAUCGGUCUGGUGGUGGUGAUUGUGCUUGGCGUCUUGGGUCUAGAGUGUCCCUAUGAAGCACCGCGACCAGUGAUGCCAGAGGAAGACAGCGCGGAGCGACCGAUGAACGCUUCAGACUCGUCCACCUCAUCUGACAUGACUACUUCCACUUCAACGCCGCCGAGCACGACUCCGAACACUAUGAUCGGUUCGAACGUAUCGGACGGCUCGAACUUGUCGAAUGAUACAGGAUCAAGGCGACUGCAGUCGAUGGACGGUGGCACCAAUGCCACAAACACCACAACACAGACCACUACCACGACACCCUCGCCGCUCUUAGCAAAUUUCACGGCCAUGGAGAUACAGCAAGCCGAGGAGGUGAUGUACACUUAUCAUGGCGCCAUGAUGGGCCAAAUUGUGGAAAUGACUGGAAAGUGCAUCCUCCCCACCGGAGAGGAGCCUUCUUUCGUGCGCUUCGAAGAGGCUACAGACAGCGACUGUCGACUCCUCUGUUCGCUCCACGACGAAUGCUUCGGCUACAGCCGCGACGGGCCUUUGCAAGGAAUGAACCCACGGGCAUGCCUGCUGUGGACUCAGUCAGGCCUUACAGGCCACGGCCACGGGGGCGGCCUUUGGAGCUGUGCGACGAAGAUUUUGGCCGCCGAGCCACGGAACUGCACCUCUUCGGCGCCGGUGAUGAAGGAUGGCAUCCCCGUGGAGAUGGCCCCAGAGAUCUGGUGCGGCUGCUCCGGCGCUUUUUCGAGGGGCCCCUGGGGCCUCGUGUCCGUGAUUGCGGAGCAGUUUGCCACCUUUUACUGCGAGCUGGGCAUGAUAGCACCCAUGCUGAUCGGGCUGGCAGGCUUCGCCAUCCAUAGCUUUACCUGCUCACAAGCAGUCGCACACCUGAAUGCGCUCGAGGCGCAGGAGACGCACAGGCAGUUGGUGGCGGCAGGGCAGCAGGGCCGGGCUGUUGUGGAUGAAGGAGACCAGCAGACCAACACGGCCAUGGUUGCAUGGCAUGAGGCGCGGCGAGAGAACUUGCCGAAGCCCCUUGCCACACUCGGUACCAGUCGGAUGUUCAGCGUGUGA